GGUAGAGCAUGCGUCGCAGGCCGCAUGAGCUUGGGCCUGUUGCGAACGGAGGGCGCCAGCGCUACCGGCACGCAGUACGGGCGCAACUGGCUUUGGUCUUCGGUCGGCGACGCCCCCGAUUGUCAAACAUCAAGGCACCCGCCACCCUCCACUGUACUUCAUACAUUACAAGAGCCCCUCCACCUAGGCUCGACUCACAUAAACAUAGACUGAGGUCGCUGUGCCUCGCGACUUUCCGUCAAACAUCGCUUCACAAAGAGAGACACCACCUUAGCCUGUUUCGGGCUUCUACGUGGAGCACUUUGGGCCUAUAAGCAAAGGAGCUCAGCAGGACUGAACGGAGCCUAGCGCUGGUGCAGCUGUCGUCGCGCAGGUGUGCAUCGCUUGGCCCUGUAGCUUGGGCAGCGACGGACGCAGGGCUCGCAGCAGCCGAUCAUCACGGACGCACAAUUUUCUAUUCAGCAGCCUUGGCGGACGUUGUCCUGGGGGGUUGGCGACAGCACUUGCUGUUUUGUGCUGUAGCUUGGCGCGAGCAGCGCAGCCGAGCCCCUUAGUAUUGGCCCACGCGCCCUUCGGUAGAUAGGGCUGUGGUAACUCGAAAUCACUGGGAUGCGGGACUAUAAGGCGUUGCCGCUGCUAAGGAUGGGGCGACUGCCCCUUCGGUUGACAAAGGGCUGCCUCUUGGCAGUCCUGUUCCUUGGGACACUAGCAUGGACAGGUCGGGCACAAGACGACCCAGAGGCGGGCAUCUCGCCCAUUCUGCCGGGGUUUGAGGCGGACGUGGCGGCGCUCAACCGCUUCCCCUUCUGCCAGUGCGAGGACUACCGCUGCUCCUCCUCGCCCUACCGCCUGGACUCGAUCGACUCGCCGACCGGCCGUACCGAUGAGCUGUGCUAUCGGAUAAACCGGGUCGGCUGCAGCCAGGCUAACCCCUGCUGCAAGAUGCUGCUAACCUCUCUGGGCAAGGUCGAGUUCUCAGUUGAGAAGUCUUGCUCCACGCAGUACCUGGGCUCUUGGGUCAACGGCGUGAAGCGCAACUCUUAUUUCGACACCGACUUUGCCACCGGCAAAAUCCGCGUCACGCCCCUGGGCAUGACCGCGGACAGCGCCGCCAACACCACGAUCUGCCUGCGCUUCCAGCCCGGCGCCACCUGCGGCUCCUACCCCGCGCUGUGCGGCAACACCGCGGGCAUGUGCACCUACGCCGUGUUUGAGAGCAGCAACCACCGCUGCUGCCCCAUCUGCGCCCAGGCGCUGCCCCCGCCGCCGCCAAACGCCCCGGCGAUCCGCAGCCCGCCCCCCUCGCCUUCUCCUUCCCCUCCCCCCUCUCCUCCUCCUCCCCCACCUCCUCCGCCCCCUCCCCCGCCUCCUCCUCCUCCCAUGCCCCCUCCUCCUCCCCCUCCCCCUCCCCCGCCUCCUCCCCCUCCCCCUCCCCUCCCCCUCCUCCUCCCCCUCCCCCUCCCCCGCCUCCUCCUCCCCCGCCUCCCCCUCCCUACCCCGACGCCGCCCGCCCCGAGGCGCCCAAGUGCGACUGCAUCUCCUCAUUCCUAAAGACCACCUCGCGCUUCCGCCUGGACUUUGCCAACUCCACCGUCGCGCCCUCAACCAUCACCUACAACUUCAACCUGUACGUGAUCCGGCCCCAGGACUGCUGGGCCCCUGGCUACCGCGGCGGCAGCUGCUGCAACCAGACCCUGGUCAACAUCGAGCUCAACCUGGCGGAGGGCAUCCAGCUGGCUGACCUGGGGAAUGCCACGCUCACCACCUCGACCGGCAAGGUGCUGCGCGUGUCCAAGCAGCGUGACUUCUGGGGCGUCAAGCUCUACCCCAACGACGACAGCCGCGGCCGCGACUACACGCCCUCGCUGUUCGUGACCAACUUCACGGACGGCAAGCCCUGGAAGCUGUCGGUCGAGGUGAAGACCGACGCCUUCCCCACGCCCAGCCCUAGCCAGUGGCCCUGCGGCCCGUCCAAGUACCUGAAGGACGACCCCAACGUUUGCGACAUCAUGCUCAACGGCUUCCAGACGGUGAUCGGCCAGCCCACCACCGUCCUCAACGCCACCGGCUACGACGUUCCCAACUGCUGCCCCGAGGGCAUCAUCCGUUACAAGAAGGAGGACAACUGCUGCAUCGACAACCUGGCUGAGAACCCCUACCGCCUCGGCUUCAACGCCACCAACAACUCCACACAGGACGACACCAUCCUCACCUUCAAGCUCUCGUACGCCGGCGUGUCCAGCGGCCCCUUCGGCGGCGUCUUCGACGGCUCCCGCACCAACUGCUCGGUCUCGGAGGUCGACCAGCUGGAGCUCUUCAUUGCGCCCGAGACGCUCAACAGCGUUUACAAGGUCACGGUGGACGGCCAGGAGGCCGACUUCACCCGCGACUCGAACAAGUGGCAGAGCUGGAUCCGCGCCGUCAACCUGCACAAGGUGUCGAAGACGCCCAGCCUGGUGUCUGUGUUCUUUGCCAAGGACGUGACGCCCGACCAGGUCUGCACCAGCAAGGUGGCCACCAACCCGCUGUGCGAGUACGUGCUGCGCGGCUCGUACGACGCCUCGGCCCAGGAGUUCAUGUGCUGCCCCGCCGGCGCCACCGCCGUGGCUGCCGCCAGCUGCCCUGCGUAAGCGGCCGCGGCUGUCAAGCAUGGCCGCGGCUUGCGGGUUCGCUCGCUCACUCGGCUCGCCAGUCCGGCAGCCUUGAGCGGGGCUUUGCGUGGAGCGUCGCUCGCUCGCGACUGGACCGGCUAUCGCAGCACACAGUAGCGUUGGAGGAGGGAGCUCUGGAGCAAGCGAGACAUCGCGCGCUCGAGCAGAACAGGAGCUCAGGUGCCGGUGGAGGAUAUGGGGCGCUGUCGGCGCGCUCGCGACGGGGGGUAUAGUUGGGUAGGCAAGCGUGAACUGAAACACGAGAGACUUCGUAGGUAGCGAGUGGAGUAGGGGGUGCAGCGCGCUGGUUUGGUACGCGCGAGCAAGGGGAAUGGAUGUUUACAAGAGUCAGCUAGGCGGGGCGGGGGCUCGUGGGGGGCCCAACGCCAACGCAGCGCGCGCAUUGACGUUCGUGUGUUACGGAUGUGUACUUAGGAACCCCACCAUGGCGAUGCAAUUGAUUGCCCCUAGCUUAAUUGCGGCGUGUCGUUUAUUCGUGUGCUGACACGAUGACCCCGACACUAGAGACACACGACCCUAGACCAAGUAACAUAGUAGCCCCGCACUUAGAGACUCACGACUAGGAUGUAUGCGGAUGUUGUUGUGGAGGGAUGGCUAAUGUGCACUGGACGCGCAUACCGAUUCGCCGCCACCGGAGCAGUGGCGGAGUGUGUCGGCCUCAUGAUGAACACCGGGCCUCACUGACGUUGAAAGGAGUGUGCGCCCUCGGGCCAUCCGCCCUGGGCUGCAGCCCUACCUAGCACCACUGAACUGUGUAAACACAGCCAUUG